AUGGUGACCGCCUUGUGGGAAUUCCUCAAUCGCCGUAGCACCAGCCAUGAUGCAGUUAAUCAGUUGAUGCGAUUCCUCCAAGCUGAUCCAGCCUUCGCAACCCCUGAUACAAUCAUCCCCUUGGAUGAGAUGCAGACUAGGCUCGAACUCAUCGAAACUACUCGACAAAUUGCCUCGAUUCCUGGACAGCGAUACCAACUCAACUUCCUGCAAUUGGCGUAUCUUUCCUUGAUACCCGCAUCGGAUCUUCCUGAGUUCGAAUUCGAAGACCGUUAUUGGUGUCUACGCAUCAAGCACAAGGAGCACAAAAUCUCUUUCAAGAACCUUAUGGAGAAGGACGAGUGUCUUGUCAGAGAUAGAUACACCUGCGUUCUCACGGGAGCUGCAUAUCCAGAGGUGUGCCACAUCAUACCAUUCGCCGUCAAUUCCAGCCGAGCAAAUGCUGCAUAUUCCAUGUCCUGCUUGGAUAUCCCAGGCCUCAUGUCAGAUUCUUUCACCAGAGAACGAUUGUACCGGCUCUUGACUCCUGAAGCAGGCUGUUCCGACAAGAGCUGGAACAUGAUCUGCCUCACCCCGACUCUGUAUUCUUGGUGGAGGCAGUGCCUUUUCGCACUCAAGUGCAUUGCCGUCACGACAAUCGACGAGUACAAUGCCAAGAUUCGGCUCCAGUUCCACUGGAUGCCUAGAAACAAAGUCAACCCCCAUGCACCAGCCGAGCCACUUCGGCGCGAUAUUGAGGCGAUGAUGUUUACGAUGCCCGAGCCACACGGUGCCAUCAUUGGAGACACUCGACGGGGUUCCAGCCGUCCAUUGGAGACCGGGCAGACGUUUGAAAUUUCCAUGAGCCCGGAACAAGCAUUUAACAUGAAAGUCAUGAUUGACGUUCAGUGGGUCAUGGUUCGACUUGCGGCCAUCUCUGGCCUUGCGCGGAGCUGGGAGACUCGGGACGAUUAUGUCGAUCAUACGUCCUGGUUUUAG